AUGGCUUGGAGGCCGCGGCAGCGAGGGCGCAUAUUUCCAAUGCUUCAGGGCUGGCAGCGCGCCUACAGCCCCGCUUCUUUCCUGGGCGGCCUCUCGUCGGCGGCUGUGGGAGACGCGCGGCCCGCCCCCGACGGCGCAGCUGAUCUGGCUGAUCUCGCGCGCCGAACGACCGCCAGGCCUGGGCCGCAGCUCCGCGCCCGCGACGCUCGCCUCAUGCUUUCGAAAGUGGGCGAACUCCAAAGAAAGGUCAAGCAGCACCUGGCCAAGGUCCACGGCGAGUUUGGCCCCCCCUCCCGCCUCUUUGCGGCAUCUCCGUCAAAGUUGCCCCUGGCAGAGGAAGAGCAGCUUAACAUUCUGACGAGAGACAUCGCCCAGUCCAAGCUCUGCUUUAAAGCGCGUGAGAGGGGGUCUGUCUGCAAUGGGAUUCGCGCCGAGCUUGCCAGUGCCCAUGCCGCUGCGCACCGCGCCGCGCCGGGCCUCUCGUUGGCCUCCAACUCGAGGUUGAAAGUGGCCCAGGGUGCGACUAGACAGUUCACCGAUGUCGCCGCUGAGGUUGGCCGCCGCGAGCUUUCCCUGCAACGGCAGAAGCGGCUCGCAGCGGCUGAGGCUCAUGGGAUGGCCCCCCUGUUGGCCGAGCCAGCCGGCCGGCUGGUCAAGCGCCUCGAGCGACGAGCUGCGUGCAGCAGGGCCCGCGCCGAUCUGGGCGGGGCGCCCGGCCCCGAUGAGUUGCGCGAGAGCGUGGAGAAGCUGCCUGGCAUCGGCAUGUGCGGGGACGAGCCUUGGUACGACGACCAGGCUUUCCGCAGGGCGCUGCACGACAAGGUCGUCGCCGCGCAUGCGGAGCAGAAGAUAGUGGUCGGGACGCCAGCGGAGGAGAUCCCCCGGAUACGGCCCCCCGACGGCCGCGUCCUGGCCGCCGGCGGCGUCCUGCGCCUGGGGGGCCGGCGCGGGGGCUACGGCGACGCCGACAUCGGGUACGCCUACCGGCAGCUGUCGAGGGCCCUCCACCCCGACAAGUGCCGCGGCAUCCCGGAGGCAGCCAGCGCCUUCACGCGCCUGCAAGAGGCGGCCGACGAGCUCCGGCAGACCCUCGAGCGGCAGAGAGCGAUCCUGCGGGCGAUCUGCGAGGGCAUGGGCGGCCGCGUCACCCCGCAGAUGUCGGAGAGGCCGCAGUGGGCGCUGCUCGCCGAGGUCUCGAGGAUGCUGUCCGGGGUCCUGGGCCUGUGCGGGGAGGGGUCCGUGCCGUCGCACACCCAGGUCCGUGGGGCCGCCGUCUUCACCGCCUGCGCAAGGUACCACGGCUGCGAGCCGGCGGCGCUCCUAGCGAUGUGGUUCGAGGGCGGCGACCUUCUCGAGAGCGUCGGCAGCAGCGCGGUGCGCGGCUGCCUGCGGCCCGACCUCCGGGCCGCCCUCCUCUGCGCCCUCUACCGCGCGACGAUCGCCGAGGACAAGCGGCUCGGCGGCCUGCGCGGGACCUGGCAGGCGGUCUUCACGCAGUUCCCAGAGCUGGGGCUCUGGAAGGAGCUGCGCGACAAGGCUCGCCUGCGGAGCACCGACAGCAGAAGGUGGGACUCCGCCUCGGACUUCCAGCCCUCGGAGUGGGCCAGGCCGUGGCGCAGCAAGAUCCGGGAGGUCCUCACCACCUGCACGGACGGGGUGCUGCCGGCGCAGGACCCCAAGGUGCGCGCCCUGGCGGGGGACCUGUGGCAGGACCUGGCCGAGUGGGCAGCCGCCCAGGGGCUGCAGCGCAGCCUGGAGCUGUUCACGGCCGCGCCCGAGGGCAGCGAGGCCACCGUGCGGUUCGGGGCCCCGCCCGUGGCUCCGGACGCCUGGUGCUACGUCCCCGCCGCCGACGUCCUCCUCAUUGUCGGGGAGGGCAUGGUUGGCAUCACGGCCGAGGGAGUCUUCCUCGAGGAGCUCCACCGGGUGGCCGCGGCGCCCAGCACCGAGGCUGCCCAGGAGGACGCCGCCGGACCAGCGCCCGAAGAGGGCGAGCCCAAGAAGAAGCUGAGCGCCAAGGAGGAGCAGAAGCUCGCGCAGGGCGAGAACUUCGACUGGGAGAAGCUGUGGCGGCAGAAGAGCCAGGCCAGCCAGAUCAGGAAGACGACCCGCGCCGGCUGGCAGCGAGGUAACUCUCCUUCACGCCGGCGCCGCUCCUCCUCUUCGAGUCCGUCGAGCCGGCGGCGACGCAAGGGCAGGAAUCGCUCUCGGUCGCGAUCUCCCAGGCGCAGGCCCAGUGUGCCCUCGCGCCCUCAGCUUUGGAGCAUGGCUUGUUAG